UAUGUGCCCCGACCCACAGGACGUUCAGACCAUUUUAACGAUGUCAGAAAGUUAUUUGGGGCCUAUGGGUCUCCAACACUUCUCCAGUUUGUUUAUGAUAAAAGCUGGACAGGGGGAGCUAACUGCGGAGCCUGGGCUUCCGUAAUGUCAUCGGACGAGUGACGCUACCGACCCUGGUCGCGGUGGCGUUCAGCACCCUACAGGCAGGAUGACAUCACCGUCGGAACCCGCGCGGACGUGUGCGUGCUAGGUGAAUUAGCUAAGAGCUGGGGAUGAUGGUGAGGAGUGAGCGACUAGCGGCUGAAACCCGGGAGAGGCGGGUGGGGUGGGGGUGGAGGGGACAGAGGGCGGGUCCCCGGAGCCCCGCCCCCCCGGUAACCGCCGUGAGCUGGCCAAUCCGGGCAGGCCGUGGUGACGCGCAGCCUAUCAGCAGCCCGGACUCUCCUGGAGGUUCCGCGUUAGCCCUGGCCCCGAAGGCAGGGGAGGGGGCGAGGGGCUCAGCCGCCCACCGCAGCUCUGGUCCCCGCCGCCUGCCCCUGGGGGUCUGGCAGGUCCCGGCUUGCCACCUCCCGGAGACUUGAUGGCCUCGGAAGGCCUGGCGGAGGCGCUGGCCACCGUGCUGGGGGGCAAGGGGUUGCUGGUGCAGAGCUGUGACUCGGAGCCGCCUGGCAAGCCGCUGUCGCCCGUGCGGCUGCGGAAGAAUGUCUGCUACGUGGUGCUGGCCGUGUUCCUCAACGAGCAGGAUGAGGUGUUGAUGAUCCAGGAAGCCAAGAGAGAGUGCCGGGGAACCUGGUACCUCCCUGCUGGGAGAAUGGAAGCUGGGGAGACCAUCGUGGAGGCGAUGCAGCGGGAGGUGAAGGAGGAGGCUGGGCUGCUCUGUGAGCCAGUGACGCUGCUGUCUGUGGAGGAGAGGGGUGCCUCCUGGAUCCGUUUUGUAUUCCUUGCUCGACCCACAGGUGGAGUUCUCAAGACUUCCAAGGAUGCAGAUGCUGAGUCCCUACAGGCUGGCUGGUACCCGCGGGUCUCUCUGCCCGCUCCACUUAGAGCCUAUGAUGUUCUGCACUUGGUAGAGCUGGGUGCCAGAUUCUGCCAACAAGCCAUGCACCCUCUCAUUCUGCCUCAAGAGCUUCCCUGCAGUGUGGUCUGCCAGCGGCUGGUGGCCACCUUUACAACAGUCCAGUCGGUAUGGGUGUUGGUGGGCUCAGUGGGGACACCUCACUUGCCCAUCACUGCCUGUGGCUUCACACCUAUGGAGCAAAGGGGUGGUGUCAAGGUGGCCACCCUGCGGCUGCUACAGGAGUGUCUCACUAUGCACAAUUUGGCAGUGGAGACCAAGGGGUUGCUUGGACUGCAGCACCUAGGCAAAGACCACAUGGAUGGUAUCUGCCUGAAUGUGUUAGUGACGGUGGCUUUUCGGAACCCAGGAAUCCAAGAUGAGCCCCCAAAGAUUCGGGGUGAGAACUACUUUUGGUGGAAGGUAUUAGAGGAAGACUUACAAAAACAGCUUCUGCACAGACUCCAGGAGUCUUCUGUCAUUCCCCUGAGCAGAUAGAGAGGUGUCAGUGAUGACAGAAACUGAGCAUCCACCCUCCCUCUGUGGGCAGGAAAGAGGUGGCGAUCUGAGAUCUCACUGCACUGUGUGCAGGGACCCCACACUGAGCCCAAAGGGAGAGUGCCUUGGAUCCAGUACUCAGAGGUGUCGGUUGUUCUCAGGGUACACAGUGCUUCUCUUAAGAUGGCGAGAAGCUUUUUGAAUCCCAAAUGGCAUCAUCUUAUUUCCUGGUCCACUUUGGUAAAAGCUGCAUGUUAAUUCAUCCAAGCCCUUAGGAAUGUGGAGAGGGAUGGGACACGGGCACUGGUCUCUCAGGGCAGAGUCCUCGUUGCUGAGUAAAAAGAUGUUGCUUAACUCGC